GUCCUCAACGGGCAGAUGCGGCUGGGGCUGCCCGGGGAGGUGUUCGCCCGCUCCGAGCAGUACCGUCAGGUCGCCAGCCCCAGGACUGACCCCUACGCGGCGGCGCAGCUGCACAACCAGUACGGCCCCAUGAAUAUGAACGUGGGCAUGAACGUGGCGGCCCAUCACCACCACCACCCCGGUGCCUUUUUCCGCUACAUGCGACAGCAGUGCAUCAAGCAGGAGCUGAUCUGCAAGUGGAUCGACCCCGAGCAGCUGAGCAACCCCAAAAAAAGUUGCAAUAAAACUUUCAGCACCAUGCACGAGCUGGUCACCCACGUCUCGGUGGAGCACGUCGGGGGGCCCGAGCAGAGCAACCACGUCUGCUACUGGGAGGAGUGUCCCCGCGAGGGCAAGCCCUUCAAGGCCAAGUACAAACUGGUCAACCACAUCCGCGUGCACACGGGCGAGAAGCCCUUCCCCUGCCCCUUCCCCGGCUGCGGGAAGGUCUUCGCCAGGUCGGAGAACCUCAAGAUCCACAAACGGACGCACACAGGUAACGGGGGGAGCCGUGCGGGAACGGAGACGGGAGGGUUGAGGGGCAGGAACCGAGGAGGAGGGGAUGCGGGUGAGGAAAAAAAAAGAAAUACGUGAGAAAAACAGAGAGCAGACGAAUAGUGGGAAAAAUCGGGGAGGGAAGAAACAAGGGAGAAAGUCGAUAAGGAAAUAAAUAGGGAAAGAAACUGCGGAGGAAAUAAAUAAGGGAGGGAAUUGGAUGAAAAUUAAUAAGAGAAAAAAUGAGCGAGGAAAUAAAUAGGGGAAAAAAAUCGGGAGAUGAAUGAUAAAGGGAGAAAAAAUAGCGAAGAAAUAAAUAGGAGGAAAAAAAGUAAGCAAUGAAAUGGACAAAGGAGAAAACCGGGGAAGGAAUAAAUGGGGGAGAAAAUUAGGGAGAAAAUAAAUAGGAGAGAAAACGAGGAAGGAAGUAAAUAGUAGAGAAAACGAGGGAGGAAACAAAUAGGGGAAAAAAUCCGAGAGAAAACGAAUAAAAGAGAAAAUUAGCGAGGAAAUAAAUAAGGGAGAAAGUCGGGGAGGAAAUAAACAGGGGAGAAAAGCGGGGAGAAAAAGAAGAAAGGAGAAAAGCGAGGAGGAAAACGGACUCCCGCGCAGCUCGCCGCAGCCCCAAUCCCGGCUCACGGCCGCGGGCGCUGGGCUCCGUCCGCACCGCCUCCCCAC